UUUACAGAAUACAAUUAAAAUGAAUUCAGAUCUUACCAAAAAAACUCUCUUUUUUUUUUAAAAAAAACAAUAAUGUUUUUAAUUAUAUCAAACUUGUCAAGAAAAUUACUGGAAAGUUGUAAAAGAAACAAAAAAAUAAAAAAUAAAAAUCUUCAUCUUCUUUGUGCCCUUUCUCCCCCAUUCCCAUCCCCCGCGCAUGCGCCGCUGCUGUUCUUCAACCCUCCGACUUUGGCGCGCCACCAAGUACCCUUAUCCUCAGCGCGCACCACAUUAAGCCUGUCAUCACCCACCAACACCGCUACAAUGAAAUCGUCUAGCAGCUUUUCCUACCAAAAACCCAUCUUUCUCAAUCAAACCCCAGCUACCUCCAUUAUUCGCCGAUCCCGCGAACGUCUUGCCCCCAGGCGAAUGGGCAGCGAUUCUGCAGAAUCUGGUGAUAGAAUUUGGGAAUAGCAGCAGCAAUGGAUGGGGUAAUGUCUGAUGGAGAGGAAGAAAGGAAAAGAAAAGUGUUAAGAGAAUAUUUUCGUCUUUUCACUUUUUCAGUUUUUGUUGAUUUCUUCUUAAAUUUAUAAGCGAGGGCGAAAUAGUCUAUUUCAUAGUUUCCAUUAAAUUUUAUUGACUGCCGUUAACUAAGUGGGAGGUAUAUGUAAUUUUAAUAAUAAAAUGGGGAAAUUUUGUAUAUUCUUGUAAAAAUAAGGGAAGCUGGUGUAAUUAUUCCUAUUCUUUAUGCAACCUCAAUUGUUUAUUUCGGGUACAUUGGUACGCGAAUCCUUAGCUGCCUUCCAGAAAAUACAGAGCAGGUCAGGAUACUGAGUCACGGACAAAAUGAAUCUUGGAACAUGGAAAAUUGGAUUCAACUUCCACUACGCUGCUGUUGGUUUCUUUCUCAUAGCUUUGGUUUCUGCUGCGCUUUAUCUAACAAGCGAAAAUGGGGGCAUCCUACAAGCCCGGGACUCGCAGCAGACCGCAAGAAAAGAAGAGGAAAUCAGAUUAUACAAUGAAGAGGGAAUUCCGGGGACUGAUUCGGUUGGGUGGUGCAACUUGUUUUCAGGCAGGUGGGUUUAUGACAACCCAUCAUCAUCAUCAUCAUAUCCAUUAUACAAUGAGGCAAAUUGUUCUUUCAUGCUGGAUGAGUUUGCUUGUGAGAAGUAUGGGAGAAAGGACUUCAAAUAUCAGAACUGGAGAUGGCAGCCUCAUGAUUGUGAUCUUCCAAGGUUUAAUGGGACAGCAUUGUUGGAGAAAAUAAGGGGGAAGAAGCUUGUUUUCGUCGGGGAUUCCUUGAACAGGAACCAAUGGACGUCACUGCUUUGCCUUAUCGAGUCUUCCAUCCGUCAAUCCUCACCUAAACUGGUGAACCGAGACGGCAAUAUGUUCAUCUUCCAGGCAACUGAUUACAACGCAACAAUCGGGUUCUAUUGGUCUCCGUUCCUGGUGGAGUCCAAUUCUGAUGAUCCAUACAGACAUCAUGUGAAAGACCGUAUAAUUCGAAUUACGGCUAUAGAAAAGCACGCGAAGCACUGGACUGAUGCAGAUAUUCUCAUCUUCAAUUCCUUCAUGUGGUGGCUUGAGCCAACCAUGACUGUCUUAUGGGGAUCAUUCGGCAGCCCUGAUGCAAUCUACAAAAGAGUAGAGAUGAGGCUGCGUCUUUAUGAAAUGGCUCUAAGCACAUGGGCAGAAUGGUUGGAAAUCAACAUCAACCGCACCAAAACUAAGCUCUUCUUCAUGAGCAUCUCACCUUAUCACUAUCACGGUGAAAGUUGGGAUGAGCCGCAGAACUGUUACAACGAAACUGAGCCAAUUACGAAGGAGAGUUACUGGGGAAUUGCAACAGAUCGUGACAUGAUGCGCAUAGUGAAAUCAACUAUACAGAAGCUGGAAACAAGAGGGCUGAGAAUUGAAUAUCUCAACGUAACAAAUUUGUCUGAUUACAGAAAGGAUGCUCAUCCUUCUAUCUACAGGAAAUUUCACCAACCUCCAAGUCAAGAGCAAUUAGCAGACCCCAAGAGCUAUUCUGAUUGUGUACAUUGGUGCCUUCCAGGAGUCCCUGAUACCUGGAAUUACAUCCUUUAUUCUUACAUAAUCAACUCCACAUAAAAAUACAAACUUUGCAGUGAAAGAUGACAAGAAAGGGAUUAUAGCUUAGAAUCUUCUUAAGUUAGUUCUUCAAUUUUAUUCACAUUUUUUGACUGAAAGUAUUCGUUUGGAUUUUAGAACACUUGUCGUAUUUUAUACUUUCAGACAAAAUCCGUCGGAGAUUAUUUUUGAAUUGUAGUGUCAUUAGAUUAUGUUUGAUCUCAUACGGAGAUCAAAAUAUUUUAUAGAUCGUCGUGAUCUUGUGCCAUCAGAA